CUAAAAGCUGCCUCUCGAGGAUUACAAGUUCACCUUCUACAUUUACGGCUGCUUGUUUACCAUCCAUGUGGUAACCUCUGGACAGCCAGGAAUCCAUUCAUUAUCCCACUGACUGAGCGCGGGAGCAGCGCGGUGCUAACUACUUCACUCAGCUGACGGCAGACAACAAAAGGAGGAAAACGAUGAAUUCGGACAAUUUAACCUCCCAAAGCUUCCUCUCUGCGAUUCACAGCAACACCAGCAAUUUAUUCUCGGGGCUCCAGUUUGUUCAGUCCUUCAAGCCACUCAUCAUCCCCUGCUACUCGCUGGUGGUUUUUAUUGGAGUCAUUGGGAAUUACCUUCUCAUUUAUGUCAUCUGCAAGACAAAAAAAAUGCACAAUGUCACCAACUUUCUGGUAGGCAAUCUGGCUUUCUCAGACAUGCUCAUGUGUGCAACCUGUGUGCCCCUGACCCUGGCCUAUGCUUUUGAGCCCCGGGGUUGGGUUUACGGGCGCUUCAUGUGCUACUUUGUUUUCCUGAUGCAACCUGUCACCGUGUUUGUGUCUGUCUUCACCCUGACUGUCAUAGCUGUGGACAGGUAUUGUGCCACGGUGUACCCGUUCCGCAGGAGGCUCACCAUCCCCAUCUGUGCUUACAUCCUGGCUGCUAUUUGGCUGCUGAGCUGCACUUUGGCUGCCCCAGCCUUGGUCCACACCUACCAUGCAGAGUUCCCGGAGCUGGACUUCUCCAUCUGCGAGGAGUUUUGGUUCCACAUGAAAAGAGAUCGCUUGGCUUAUGCCUACAGCACCCUCAUCAUCACCUAUGUGCUGCCUUUGGCUGUCAUCUCCCUGUCCUACCUGAGGAUCUCAGUCAAGCUGAAGAACCGGGUAGUCCCAGGCAAUGUCACCCAGGGCCAAGCUGAGUGGGACCGUGCCAGGAGGAGAAAGACUUUUCGCUUGCUGGUCUUAGUGGUGGCAGCCUUUGGAGUCUGCUGGCUGCCCCUGCACAUCUUCAACAUGAUAAAGGACAUCGACAUCAGCUUGAUUGACAAGCAGUACUUCAACUUCAUCCAGCUGCUGUGCCACUGGUUUGCAAUGAUGUCUGCUUGUACCAAUGCCUUCCUCUAUGCCUGGCUCCAUGACAGCUUCAGGGGAGAGCUGAAAAAAAUGUUUGCCUGGAGGAAGAAGAAAAUUGGACCCGCUACAAACUGCAUUAUGGCCAGUGUGGUGCUGUAAACGAGAGCUGGUGGGAGUGCA